AUGGAUCCGACUUCUCAGUUUUUUGCGAAGCUUCGUAAAGUGGCAGCAACCGUUGAAACAGAAACCAACAAAUUAAAAUCAUCUUUUGAGCAUCGUAACAGUGAAGAUGACAGCGGUGAAAGUGCUGCCAGAGGGAUGCGCGCUUAUCAUGAACUAAACUGCGAAGUUCUGGACAUUAAGGAACGGAUUCAGGAUAAUGUGACACAACAGAAAACUAACAUGGACAAUGUGAGCCGCUUCAUAAAGGACUAUGAAGCAAAGCAGCUAAAGAUCUCUGAAGACCUGAACGUGAUCAAAGCUCACUGGCAAAAGUACGGAUACCAACCUCCAAAACAGACUGAGGCCACAAACCAAGUAGACGGACAUCAGACGGAAGAACAAGCAUCUCCAGAGAAAAAAGAACAAGCAUCUCCAGAGAAAACUGCUCCAGUCGAUCUGCUGCGCACUCCACGGCUGUCGGACUUUGGCUUAUCUGGCGCUCACCUCAAGAGAGCUAUGGCGCAAGGAGAGAAGAGAGCGGAAGUGCGUCAUGAUGAAGAGCGGAUAUCUGAGGAGGUAGACGGCCAUGAUCCUGAAGAACCACCGUUUGAGAAACCUGCUCCACCGACAAAACUGAUGCGGACUCCACGACUGUCGGACUUUGGUUUGUCUGAGGAUCACUUCAAGAGAGUGAUGGAGCAGAGAGAGUGGAGAGCCCAAGUGCCCCCCAUGCCUGACAUUACCCCUCCCCGCGCACCCCGGACGCCAGCGCCUCCGGUCAUGGCUCUAACCCCCAAACGGGCUCUGCGCAUGGACGAAGAGGAUCUGCUCACGCCACCGAUGCACGACUUCGGGAUCACAGAGCACACGUGUUUCAAUAAUGACUUUACCAUGGAUUUGCGGGUCAAGAGUUUUGAGAAGGACAAAAAACGAGAGCACAGUCUCCCAGAGCCAACGGUUUAUCCUCAGAUUGAAGUCACACAGGCAAAUGAGCCUCUUGUAUUUUGCACCCCAGAAAUUAAGAAAGACAAGACUGAAAGCUGCUCUGAGCUAACAUCUCAGAGCUAUCCUGCUUUUGCGCCGACCACUCCUGAGCUGCCUACAUUUCAAACCAAAAAGAGUGAGAAAAGGCCGGAGCCGAUAAAAAUGGAAAGUGAGGAUGGCAGCAAAAUGUUAAAUGUGUCGACGCCCCCUCGUGAUGACGCUGCCGCCUCCAAACGCAGCUGGGAGUUUAACGAAUUACACUUUGGGAUAGAAGACAUGGAGAAAAAAGUCCCGGAGAUGCCAGACCUCGAGUCUAAUUUUGGAGCCUCUUUGUUGACUAGAAGUGCAAAGAUACAGAGGAAAGAAUGCGCCGGUGAAAGUCUCGUUGGUGACUCUCUGGACUUGGAUGGUCCCACUCAAGAGUUCAACUUGAGGACGCCACGUACCGGGAGAUACUACUAUGAGCCAAGCACCCCUGAAAUGCCCGACCUGAGCGCAGUCACACAGGAUAUCUGCAAAAUGAUCGCUCAGACUCAAAGGAAGACGAGUAAGACGCCGCACGAAAAGGAAAACAUCAGGUCUGACUCGCUGCCUUCAGUGUCGAAGCAGGAGUUUGAGAGUUUACCGCGAUAUUUGAGGGUGAUGACUCUGAGCAGCCUCAACCAGGCCGUGGGCAGCAUCAACCUCGCCAUCGCAAAGUGCAAAGGAAACAAGAUGGAGUUUCACGUUGAAGAGCUGAAACAAAUGAUCAACUGUGGAGAGAAAACACUUUUAAUUAUAGUUUGUUUAAGUGAACUCAAGAGACUGGAUCACGUCAAAGGAACAAGAAACAACUCUGUGUACAAACUAAAGACGGUUUUGUAA